AAAUGUCAAAUGUACAAAGGGCGGAAAGAAUGUCACAUCAUUGUUAUCCUUUUGAUGAUCAUGUGACGUGUAUUUGUGAUCAAUUCUCUAGGAUCAUCAGAUGUUCUACAGAAAAUGGUGGCAAUGAAGCAGAUGUAACUGAAAUAGUCCUGGCAGCUACUUUACUCAUAGCGGUCAUUCUCUUCUUCUUUAGUUGCAUCAUUCACAGGAUAGAGAAAAUAUUUCUUGCGAAGGAUUUUCAGAUUCCGGUACUUGAAGAUUUUGAAACGGCUUGGAGAAAAUUCAAUAACAGACGAAAUAAUUCGACAGCGACACAGACUUCCCAGACAGAGGUGCUCCGCCUGACAAUAACCCAAAACCAGACUGUGGUUGGUAUAACCAACAUCAACCAGCAGUUUAAUCAUCAACCAGGCAACAGAACAACCCUAGGAUUCUCAAAUAUCAACCAUUUUCAUAUUCAGAAUAAAAACCUGUAUCCUAUCCUCUCAGUAGAACAAGAGGAACUGUAUCACACCAACCCUCGGAGAAAUAAACCACUCUAUCCAACCCUUCCCUCUAGAUCUCUAUAUCCAACUCUGCCCCUGGAGCUUGGAACCCGGAGAUCUCUGUAUCCCAACCUACCCUCCCUGAACAGGGACUGCAUGACUCUACCCCCCAGGAAAACGAAGAGAGAGUCCUUCUAUGUAAACAUUGAGCCAACUCAUCAUCAAACUGAAAAGCGUUAUGAGAAAAAAGAAGAGAUUCCAUUAAGAAGCAUUUUACAAGAGGAUCCCAGGAAGCAAGGAGAACAAGUAACAGAAGAAGAUGUUUACCACACAAUUGAUUUCUCCAGUGUAGAUGAUGAGGAGACAGUGACAGUUCCUAUUGAAGAUCCUGUCGUGGUUGAAAAUGAUCAAGCAGAAAUCACAAUUAAUAAUAUGUUUGCUACCAGUGAUGCCACUGCAAAUGAAUCAUUUAGAAACGUGUUCGUCAACUCUACAAUAGAGGAAAGUGUUACAAUAGAUGAAAGCAUUGAAGAAGAUAAUGAGAGCGGUGAUGAAUCUGAGGAAAGUGUGCCCAGGGAACCAUCAACUAGCUCCCCGGAUGAAUCUGAUGGUCAGGAGGAAACUCCUGGAUUAGCCAAGGAAGCUAUAAUUCAGAAAUAUUCUACCCUUCACAAAGAUACCAGUCCAGAUAAAUCAUUCGAACCAUCUAACAAUACAGACUUGUCUGGAAGAUCUGAAUCUGAACCUAAAACUCUCUGUACUUUCCAACCCUAUGAUCAGAACAAGGAGAUCUUAAAACCAACUGAACCAAGAAAAGAUCCUGAUACGUAUUACAGCCAAAUAUUAAAGUAUCCAAUACAAACUGAAGAUCAGCUUGAAAGACAAGAUUCUUGCACUGGAUUAGGUUCAAAACCCUUUGCUGAUCAAACAACAUCCAGAGCAGGGAGUUUACGAUUGAGAAAAGAAAAUUCUUCUGAGAAGGAUAAAAGUGAUUAUGUGGAAUAUUUCAUGAACAACUCUCUUCAUAAGUUUAAUCAAUGGGAAUAGAACAGAAACUUAACCACAGCUUCUGCUGAAGGAAUAAAGACGCGUAAAAAAUAUGAAGGGACUGUUAAUGGGAUUUUAUGGAAACCUCAAUUUAAAAUACCAGAUUCCCAACUGUACAUUUUAAACUUUUUUCUUGUGAAAAUACAUUGCCGUUUUUAGCUUAAAAAAAGAUACACAUGCUUUCCAUUCCCCUGCUGCAUAAAUCCUUUUGUGUAUCCCCAACCACCAUUGAUUUGUCAAUUUACAGAUGGGGAUCGAAAACAAGGAUAUAUCCAUCAUUUUUGUUCCGACAUAGGUUCUAUAAACCUAUGUUUAUAGAAUACCAAUGUGACUCACUAAAUUAAUAUUUCCCUUUAAAGUCAAAUCAUUUUAAUCAUUUUUUAAAAUUUGUAUUACGCUGCUACGUAUGCAGGGGACCUCAGCGUGACAAAUAUAUUUUGGUGGGAAACUGUUUGUUAAAGAGCACCACACUGAGCACCACACUUGAUUAUAUUGAAAUAUUAGAAUUUUGUAUUUUUUUUUAGAUAAAAUAUGUUCUGGGUUAAGCUGUACUUUCGCCAUCACAUCAUGUCUUUGUUUUCGCCGUUCAUUAUUGUGCUAAAAAAAAUGUGCAUCCACCCCUGGCGUCUUUUCUAUUUUCACUGUAUUCUUAUAUAAAUAAAUAUAAUAACUAUG